AAGAACCGAUUCCCUGUUAAUCAUGAAAUACAGCAGCACAUUAAUCCGGAUUAGUCGCUGGGGACAUAUUCACCGGAAUCGGAAUGGCUUUUUUGGAUUGGCAAGACGUGCUCCUAUGGAGUGUACUGUACCUCCUAGCUGGCGGCACUACGAACAAUUUGGCAGAAAAUGAAAACUGCUUCUACUGUGUGCCCAUUGACGAGUGCGGGAAACUGUCUGGAAUCCUCCAGCAGGGUAGAAGUGCGCCAUUGGAGGAAAUCCGCUUGAUAUACAAAUCCGGCUGCAAUGAUUAUCGCGGUUUGUUCUGCUGCGAAAACGAUCCGAAAGGCAUUGAGGAACUUCAAAAACAAAACUGUGGUGUAUCUGAAGCCCUUCCAGGGGACCUCAACUACCGCGUCGUUAAUGGCAAGGAAGUGAAAUUAGGCUCCAGACCAUGGAUGGCACUGUUCUUGACCAACCGCUCCGCCAAUGCCGAACACUUUUGUGGUGGCUCGCUCAUAACGCAACGAUUUGUACUCUCGGCAGCGCAUUGUUUCACCAAACAGGAGUAUGGGGACAUAAACUCCGUGGUGGUUCGCUUGGGAGAGCACGAUGUGCGACAUAUCAGGGACUGCAGGACCUAUGGGGACAAGGAGAUUUGUGCCCCACCGUCGGAGGAUUUCGCCAUAAAACAGAUAAUUUCUCACGAAUUCUUCUCGUACAGCUCCAAGUAUCACGACAUAGCCCUGGUGGAGCUGGCCUCCCAGGUGGAAUACAAGAUACACAUCAAACCCAUAUGUCUGCCCCUGAACGCCAAGAUGCAACAACUGGCAGAAACCAUAAAUUCCUUCAGCGUGGCCGGAUGGGGCAGACUUAAUGCCUAUUCCGUUCGUGGCUCCGAUGUCCUCAUGGCCGCCGAUCUGCAGCGCACACACCGCAAAAUGUGCACCAUCAAAUAUAGUAUGUGGGUGAAGGAGAGCCAAAUCUGUGCUGGCAGCAGCAUCACAGCACAAGAUUCCUGCCGCGGCGACUCCGGCGGUCCCCUGGGGAGUCUCGUGAAUUACCGCGGUCGACCCCGCUUCGUUCAAUUUGGACUGGUGAGCUUUGGAUCCGACUAUUGCCAGAAUCAGGCCGUUUACACAAACGUUGGAUAUUAUCUGCCUUGGAUAACCGAAAUUAUGGCGGAAUAACCAAUUCGUAUAGGUAUACAUUUACAAGUAAAGUACAAGAUUCUUACAGUAAAAGA